AGUAGGAUAUGGCAGAGAGGGGAGGGAGGGAGAAGGAGGUGAGAAAAUGCGGUGGACUGCUUGCUUUCGCCUCUGGCUUGGCCCACGGCUGGCAUCAGCCCCACCAGUAGCUGGCAGAAAUGCAGCCCUGGUCCAGGGAAAUGAGGUUCAUCACCGAAAAUAAAGAUUUCCCAGUCCCACCGCUGUUGUAAAAGUUUUGAAGAAAGCGGAUGAGGUUAUUUUCUCUCUCCCUGUAGAUGAUUCAAGAAAUCGGCAGCUCCAACUCUCCGCUUCAAGGGAUAUUAAAUCCAUAGGCGUAAUUCACCAGCACACAGUGUUGUCUGUGACAUGAAAAAACCAGCAAGAUUAGAUGAUCCAACUGGGGACAAGAAAACCAGUAGGAUUCCCCGAUCUGCUUUCGUUUCUGUAAAUGAAACACCCCAGGGAAAUGUGGCAACCCCACAUCGUAGGAAAGGAAGGCUGCCAAUACGCUCUCGUAACUUGGAGGCUGUUGGGAAAAGACAGGAAAAGGGGAAUAAUCACACAUGCUUUCGAGGGAGAUAUUCUGGGGAUGAGGCUGUUCUCUUCUUCCAUGCUCUGGGGAAGAUAUAAUGGCUGCUUUCCUAGGGCGGCAAAUUUUCACGAGCCAGUCAUAAAGGCCCCCCCCUUUUUCCCCUUCUAUGAGGAAUGCAAGGCCUGACUCAGAAACAAGCCACAGCGCAGGGUGUGGCGGCUGCGAGAGUCGCUGCUGGGCUGGAAAUUGCUGCUUGAAAGGGGCUGGCCCAGAGUUGUAGCACUGCCGCUGCCUCUUCCGCGUUUCCUUCGGCUCUGUGCAGGCCAGAUCAGAAAGCAAAGAAGGAAACGCCAGCAGGCGGGGAUCACCUCGAUUCUGCCAGACGACAUGGCCACCCUCACCCAGGAGCUGGGCACCGCUUUCUUCCAGAGGCAGCAGCUGCCGGCCUCCAUGGCCGACACCUUUCUGGAGCACAUGUGCCUUCUGGACAUUGAUUCGGAGCCGAUUGCCGCACGCAGCACCGGCAUCGUCUGCACCAUCGGUCCCGCUUCCCGUUCAGUGGAGAUGCUGCGCGAGAUGAUUAAGGCCGGGAUGAACAUCGCACGCUUGAACUUUUCUCAUGGUUCUCACAAGUACCACGCAGGAUCCAUUGUGAAUAUCCGGGAAGCCACCCAAAGCUUUGCCUCCAACCCUCUCUUCUAUCGUCCUGUGGCCAUUGCGCUGGACACCAAGGGCCCCGAGAUUCGCACCGGCCUGGUCAAGGGGGGUGAGGACAAAGAGGUAGAGCUGGUGAAAGGAGCGCAGCUGAUCGUCACCACGGACCCCGCCUUCAAGGAGAGUUGCGACCAGCACAGCAUCUGGGUGGAUUAUGCCAAUUUGCCCAAAGUGGUCAAAGUUGGCGGCCGGAUCUUCAUCGACGACGGCCUCAUCUCCCUAUUGGUCAAGGAAAUCCGUGCCAACAGCUGCGUGGUGGAAGUGGAGAACGGCGGGAUGCUAUGCAGCCGCAAAGGGGUCAACUUGCCCGGGGCCGAGGUCGACCUGCCGGCGGUGUCCAAGCGGGACAUCCAGGACCUGCAGUUUGGAGUGGAGCAGGGUGUCGACAUCGUCUUCGCCUCCUUCAUCCGCAAGGCCAGCGAUGUGGCGGCCAUCCGGCAGGUGCUGGGAGAGCGAGGCCGUGCCAUCAAGAUCAUCAGCAAGAUUGAAAACCACGAGGGGGUCAAAAGGUUUGACGAGAUCCUGGAGGCCAGUGACGGCAUCAUGGUGGCACGUGGAGACUUGGGCAUCGAAAUCCCUGCGGAGAAGGUCUUCCUGGCUCAGAAGAUGAUGAUCGGCCGUUGCAACCGUGCCGGGAAACCUGUUAUUUGUGCCACCCAGAUGCUGGAGAGCAUGAUCAAGAAGCCCCGUCCCACCAGAGCGGAGAGCAGCGACGUGGCCAACGCAGUGCUGGACGGAGCCGACUGCAUCAUGCUGUCCGGGGAGACCGCCAAGGGCAUCUACCCCGUGGAAGCCGUGCGGAUGCAACACGCGAUUGCCCGGGAAGCCGAAGCGGCCAUGUUCCACCAGCAACUCUUCCAGGAGCUGCGCCGCCUGACCCCGCUGAGCCAGGACCCCACCGAGGUGACGGCCAUCGGCGCCGUGGAGGCCUCGUUCAAAUGCUGCGCUGCCGCAAUUAUCGUCCUUACAACCUCCGGCAGGUCCGCACAGCUGCUCUCUCGCUACCGGCCCCGGGCCCUCAUCAUCGCCGUGACCCGCAGCGAGCAGGUGGCGCAACAGGUUCACCUCUGCCGCGGUGUCUUCCCAGUCCUGUGGCGUGGCGGCAAGCAGGAGGUGUGGGCUGAGGACGUGGACCACCGCGUGCAAUUUGGCACCGAGAUCGGCCGAGUGCGUGGCUUCCUGCGGUCCGGUGAUGUGGUCAUUGUGGUGACUGGCUGGAGGCCUGGAGCCGGCUACACCAACAUCAUGAGAGUACAACAGGUUCCGUGAGGACAGCCGAAGACACGCAACCCGUGAAGAGAGGGGGCUGCAUCCUGCCCACAAUCGCUGCGUUCUGCUUGCCUUUUGUUGUAACGGUUUGCUCCACCCCUGCUGCGUCCUCCACCUGGUUUUUUUUCCCCAAGUGUUUCAACUUUUUUAAAGAGACCUUUGAAAAGCAUAAUUCAAAGCAGCUGACUGUCCGCAGGGGCAUCUCAGAGAUAGGUGUGUGUGCCAUCCAUCCGCUUGAAAAGAGUUCAUGCCUAGCAGAGAUAGGCAACCAACUUAUACUUGGGACUCUGACUCCCAUUAGCCCCAGCCAGCAUGGCCAGUGGCCAGAAAUGAUGGGAGUUGCCAUCUAAAAUACCUGGAAGAUGCCAGGUUGCCUUACCAUAGUGUAGAAACUAGCAUACACCUCUGCACACACACAACCCAUGGGAGAGAAAUAAGGAAAGAGUACAAUUUUGUCAUUUAACCAUUUUACCAGCUCAAGCAAAAUAGUAGUCAAGAUUGUGCAAGCUUUCACAUUCUUCUCAUCUUUCGGUUGACCUAAUAAAGAUAUUUCACACCA